CCAUUAUGUGGAGUGCCUGUAACCGGUUUCUCUUGAAGUUAAGUUGAAGUAAUACAGGUUAGUGGCAUAACACGAUUUAUUUAGUUACAAUAUACCGUUCCUGUGGAACAGUCUUAGUGUGGCGGAGACGCGGAGUGAUAGUAACGCAACAAAGUGAUACCUGGUUUUGUCAUUUGUUCGUAAAAAUCGAAGCGAACCAGAAAAUGUUGCUGAUGCGCUUUGUCAAAUAUUCGCUGACGGAUAGCUUUACUAGUUUUCAAAAUGGAAAAUUACAAACGGCUUUCGUUAAGAAACUGCAUGCUGGGCCGUAUUACAAGGUGUCGAAAGACAUCAAGCUAGACAACUUGAAAAGCAGUACAAUUAGCCACAAAGACGAAACAGUACAUUUUGGCUUUCAGACAGUAUCUGCCACUGAAAAGGCACAAAAGGUACAUCAAGUUUUUGAAAAUGUGGCUUCAAAAUAUGAUCUUAUGAAUGAUGUGAUGUCAGUUGGCAUACACAGAAUAUGGAAAGAUUACUUUGUAAAAAAGAUUUUUCCAUUACACCCUGGAACAAAUAUUAUUGAUGUUGCUGGUGGAACUGGUGACAUUGCCUUUAGGAUGUUAGAAGGCCUUGACAGACAAAAUAAAAAUUCCAAUAGCUCGACUGAUGAUGACAGUGGAAGUAGAAAAAACACAACCAUUUUGAUCAGUGACAUUAAUCAAGCCAUGUUGGACGUCGGAAAAAAACGUGCACUAACGAUGAAUCUUCAAUCAGAUGGCCUGAGUUGGCUAUGUGCCAAUGCACAAGAAUUGCCUUUGCCAGAAAACUCAUUUGACCUAUACACCAUCGCGUUUGGAAUUCGCAACGUAACUGACGUUUCUAAAGCUUUGGACGAAGCCUAUCGCAUCCUACGACCGGGAGGAAGAUUUAUGUGCUUGGAAUUUAGUCACGUCAAAAAUCCUCUCCUAAAAUGGGCGUAUGACACAUAUUCCUUCCAAGUAAUCCCUCCAUUAGGAGAAGUAGUGGCAGGAGAUUGGAAAUCCUACCAGUACCUUGUCGAAAGUAUUCGAAAAUUUCCGACGCAGGAUGAAUUUAAAAAUAUGAUAGAAGAGGCGGGAUUUCGAAGCGUUCGCUAUGAAAACUUGUCGUUUGGUGUAGUGUCUAUACAUUCUGGAUAUAAAAUUUAAGAAAAUAUAAACAUAUGGCAGUA